CUGAAAUAACAGAAAAAAUAUUUUGUAAGUUGCAUGAGAAACAGGUGUGUAAUGUCGCCGUGCAGCUCUUGAUGACAUCUACAUUUGAAUUAAAAUGAACAUUUCCAUUCUUCCCUCUGAGGUGAGCUGAGGUGGUUCACUCUUGUCUUAAAGCCUGCCGUCAUGGCUCGGUACCUGAGCUAUUUCACCACUGUGGGCGAUAAGGAGCCGCUCCAGUGGGAGGAUGUAGAGCUGCACGCGGCCAGCGAGGAGCUGAGUCCAGCCACUGGCCAGUUUCCAACAACGCUGACCUUCAGGGAGUCAUUGCAAAGACUCUACAGCUCCGAACGGUUCCAGGGUGAAGCCCUGCCCAAGAAGAAGAAGAGGAGAACAUUUGACAGCGACGCAGUACAGACUGAAACAUAAAUCAGAUAAAUCAUCACCAAUUUUAUAUGAAAAGCGACCUUAGAUGACUUCUGUUGUGAUUUGGGGCUGAUAUAUGAAAUUAAAAAAAAAUUGAUUUCACUCUUGGGGAAUCUUAUUUUCAGGGGUGCACCCCUGGUAUAAUGCUAGGGAAACCCUGCAAAAUAUUCAAAAUAGACAAUAUCUAGUCAUAUAUCACAAUACCGAUAAGAUAUUGAUAAGAUAUAAGAUAUUUCUCAGCCCUGUACCUCAUGAUGUGAUUGUAAUUAUUAUCAUUAUUAUUAUUACAUACUUUUUUUGAAUAACAUACUAUACUAUGACGUUUUUUUCAUUUGUGGACGACAUACUAUACCGUGAGAUUUGACAUAAUUUACUAUGAAAUUUGUAUCAUUAUUGGAAAACCUACUAUAC